CGGACCCUCGAAAAGUUGUUUUGUAUGGAGCUCUGUCAAGAGAACGGAUAAUCUGAGCGGAUGAAUUAGAAGAGGCGAGGCAGGGACAAUGGGGGGUGGUUCUGCGGUUAUCACCGGUGCUUUCACCCCGGCAUUCUCAAUCCCUACGCUUCCCGGUAGAAGCAGAAGCAUUGGUAAACUUAAAGAUAAGCCUCUCAUACGGUUUCAGAGGCAUUCCAAGUUCUGCUCAGCUUAUUUUAGCCACCUAAAGCGAAUGGUCAACAACGGCAAGUGCGACAUUUCUGCACAAUGCAGUCUCGGCGAGGCAGAGGAGCCUUCAGAGGAUGAUUUUGUCGUAGUGAAUUUUUAUCAUUUUGUGUUCAUCAAAAACCCAGAGGCCGAGGUCGCCAGGCACCUCUCCUUCUUAGAGGGUCUUGACAUAUAUGGCCGGGUGUAUCUCAAUGAACAAGGGAUAAAUGCACAGUACAGUGGGCCUUCAAAAGAUGCUCUUCUGUAUGUCAAAUGGUUGAGAGAAGAUUAUAGAUUUUCUGAUAUUUUGGUUCAGAUUUCUCCAGCAUUUAAUGGUCAUGCAUUUCCAAAACUGAAGUUGCGGUAUAAGUCUUCAUUAUUGCAGAUGGAAGGAGGCAUUUUACAUCUUCCUUUGCUCGACCCUUCUAUGCGAGCAACACCUCUACCACCUUCAAAAUGGAGAAAAAGAUUGGAAGCAGUGGAUGGAAUUGAUCAUGCUUCACAUGAGAAUUGUAGUUCAAACUAUAUUCUGUUGGAUGUGAGAAAUGGUUAUGAAUGGGAUAUUGGUCAUUUCUCUGGAGCUCAACGACCUUCGGUAGACUGCUUUAGGAGCACUUCAUUUGGGCUAUCGCCGAUACAGAAUGUUGCAUCAGAUCCUUUAGCAUUUGCUGACAAAGAAAAUACAGACAUAUUGAUGUAUUGUACUGGAGGUAUCCGUUGUGAUGUAUAUUCUACAAUUCUGAGACAAAGGGGCUUCCAAAAUGUGUACUCCUUGAAGGGCGGUGUUUCUCAUUAUUUAAAGAAUGAAGGUCCUGCAAAAUGGAUUGGGAAUUUGUUUGUGUUUGAUUCCCGUCUUUCUCUUGCCCCUUCUGCCUACAAGCCUGAAGCCAUUGUUAAAGCAGCCAGGAGUGAAGAAGUUUCUGGUAGUAAUACAUUUGCCAGAUGCUACAUAUGUGGUUCUCAGGUUGUUGAGCUAAGGCAUCGUAACUGUGCAAAUCUUGACUGCAACCUGCUUUUUCUAUGCUGUACAGAUUGUAUGAAGGAACUAAGAGGAUGUUGCUGUGUAAGUUGCAUUACUGCCCCUCGACUCCGACCCGUUUUGCCUGGUCAUCAAAGAUACAGAAAAUGGCACGUGUAUCGUGAUUUGAAAUGCAAAGUAAGUUGACAGCUUGAUCAAGACGCUUAUGCUGGGGAUGUUUAUUGUAUGAGCAAGAGUUGCCACAGUUUAUUGAAAUUUCUUGUUCCUGCAAGUGGUCUUAGAUAAUCUGCUUAAGCAAUCUUCAUCCAUGGUGCAGAUGUAUAAAUAAAUACUAAUAUUUACU